CACGGCGGAAGAUAAAGGCUCCGCAUCCGGAAGUGGACGAGGACACUCGUGAGCGCCGAAGACCAGUGGACAGAGGGGUAACAGGAUGAGACGGAGCUGAAUUCACCUAGUUUGUGCACCGUUUCUAACUGCGAGAGUGUAACACUCAGCUGACGGGGAUACGAAACGAGAAGAGGGUGUUUCUGCUGCAGAGUCUGGUCCUGUGUGGUUCUUGUUGUUUGUUUGUUUUUUAUUUUAAAAUCGACCCUAGACCCGCUGCUUUCAGACACCUGCUGUCUGCAGUCUGCAGUCAUCUAGUCUGUGGCUGCCUGCUCCUUGGUGGCAGCUGAAAACAUGGACCAGAACAACAGUAUACCUGCCUUCCAGGGGCUGGCUUCCCCCCAGGGUGCCAUGACCCCAGUCAUGCCAAUCUUCAGUCCAAUGAUGCCGUACGGCUCUGGCCUGACACCGCAGCCAGUUCAGACCACAAACAGUCUGUCUAUACUGGAGGAACAACAGAGGCAACAACAACAGGCACAACAAGCACAACAAGCACAGCAAGCCAACACAGGCCUUCCAGGGACAUCGGGGCAGACCCCUCAACUUUUCCAUUCUCAGGCAGUAGCAGGCUCGACCACGACAGCGCUGCCAGGGAACACCCCGCUCUACAACACCCCACUCACCCCCAUGACCCCCGUCACACCGGCCACACCCGCCUCAGAAAGCUCUGGCAUAGUGCCACAGUUACAGAACAUAGUAUCUACUGUAAAUCUGGGCUGUAAACUGGACUUGAAGACCAUCGCGCUGAGAGCCAGGAAUGCUGAGUACAACCCAAAGCGUUUCGCUGCCGUCAUCAUGAGAAUACGAGAGCCCAGAACCACUGCUCUCAUCUUCAGCUCUGGAAAGAUGGUCUGCACUGGAGCUAAGAGUGAAGAGCAGUCGAGGUUAGCAGCUAGAAAAUACGCACGUGUGGUGCAGAAGCUCGGUUUUCCUGCCAAGUUCCUGGACUUCAAGAUCCAGAACAUGGUGGGCAGUUGUGAUGUGAAGUUUCCCAUUCGUCUGGAAGGAUUGGUCCUGACACAUCAGCAGUUUAGCAGCUAUGAGCCAGAGCUGUUUCCAGGACUGAUUUACAGAAUGAUCAAACCCAGAAUCGUCCUACUCAUCUUCGUGUCUGGGAAAGUCGUACUCACAGGUGCCAAGGUGAGAGCAGAGAUCUACGAGGCUUUUGAAAAUAUAUACCCCAUCUUGAAAGGCUUCCGCAAGACGACGUAGAACCUGCAGCUCCUCCUCGUAUCAACCCUGUCCCUUUUUACUUACUUUUUUUAAGAUUCACAUCGAAGUGUGUCGACUUUUGCAAGUGAACUGCUGUAAGGAUGACACGUCAACCCUUUUUUACUUUUUGCCCCCCUUCAUUUUUUUUUUUUUUUACCAUUAUUAUUUUUCCCCCCUGACCACCCCUGGUGGUUUAUAUAGAACACAAGCAUUUCCAUUUAUUUCCAUUUUUUUCCUGUCCUAAUCACAUCCUUAAUUGUAAAUAAGACUGUAAGAGAAUGUAAAAAAUGCUUAUUAGAAGAGAUAUGGUCCAUCUGAGACUGUUCUGGUUUUAUUUUAAGCAGCUUAAAAUAGUUUUGUACUUGACAUUUUUAUUAAUUGUUUGCUCAGUCUCAAGUUUUAUCGGGUCAUGUCCAAAUCUGUCAGCGAGAGAAAGGCUGUUGAUCACGAAGCCAUCCGAAGGUGGAUGUAGUUAAAUCGAUCCAAGUCCUACAACCAAAAGUCGCCAUCAGGUUGUUGGUUGGUUCUUCAAAGUGUAGCUUCCUGAAGUGUUUCUACUUUGGCAGAGUGGAGUCAGUCUAAAAUCAUUUCUAUUGAAACAGAAGACAUGUUUUAUUUCAGAAAAGACUAUUUUAAUGGUUAAACUUGUGUGUGUAUAUAUAUUUUUUAUUUUUAACUGUAAGUCAGUGACUCCGAGCUUGAAAGAGAGGCUCUGUUACUUUUUGGUAAAAGGAUUUCCGGUAAGAAGAGCAACGAGAAUCAAGCACUGAGAGGUGAAUGAAGGCACCGUUGGUCCUAAGUAAAGAAGAGGCUGCCUACUUUAUCCUAAGUUCAUAUCUAGCACUAAACAACUGUACGAUGGCAGAUAAUCUAUGCAUCUCUUUGCCAUGUAUAUGUAGUGUUAAGUUUUCCUAUGAUUUUCUUAUUUCAAAGAUUUCUUUUGAAGAAUUAUUUUUGAGCGUUUUGUCCUGUUGUCCUUGCUGUAUCACACGCACUUGUCCAAAAAUGACUUCACAGUUGUUUAAAUUCUGGUCACGUUUCUCCAAUUAGACAUUUUUGGUUCGUCAAAUCUAAACGCUUCUUAUGAAAUUGUUAAUGUGCUGCACUGUGCAUUAAUAAAUAUGUACAUACUGGCUCUUAA